AUACUGUACAAUCCUCUUCCAGAUCCACCGCUGAUCGUAAUCAUGACGUCCAUUGAACAGAGCUUGUCUCUAGAAGGAGAGGAUCGAAAGGCCUCUGUUGAGAAAUUCACAGUUGAUGAAGUUUCCCUGCCCUCAGAAUGGAUCCAAGGCUGGCGAUUAGCAGCUAUUGCAGUAGGAACAUGCAUCGCUAUUGGUAUGAGCCAAGCGGACUCGACUAUUGCAAGCACAGCAAUUCUGGUCAUCACAAAUGAUCUUGGUGGAUUCGACAUGAGUUCGUGGGUUUUCACUGCAUAUUUGAUCACGUAUAGUGGUUUUCCAAUAAUAAUUGCUCGUGUCUCCGACAUUUUUGGGAGGAAGCAAGUUUUUCUCACUUGCUUGCUAAUGUUCACGAUAUUCUCCGGUGCAUGUGGUGCUUCUCAAACUCUACUUCAGCUGAUCAUGUUCCGGUGGGUUCAAGGAAUUGGCGCAAGUGGCGUACUGUCGAUUGGUACUAUGUACGGUUUUGAGCUCUUGCCAAUGGACAAAUGGCCUGCAUAUUCAGCAUUGUUAUCUCUCUCUGUGGCAAUCUCCUUAUCCAUAGCACCUGUAAUCGGAGCAGCCCUGACUCAGUUAGGACAAUGGAGAUGGGUCUUCCUAAUUAAUGUUCCAGUUGGAAUUACAGGAUCUCUGCUGCUCAUAUUAGGAAUGCCUAAAAAAUUACCACGCGAGCCUUCAUACGUCUUCCACAACAAUCGAUGGUUUCAGAAGUUACGAAAGCUUGAUCUUCCAGGAGUACUGGCACUUGUUGGUGCUUCAGUACUGCUGACAGCCGCCUUGCAGCAAGCAGCUAGAGGAGGCUCAUUUUCCACUCCUACUGUGGCGUCAUUGCUGGCUUUGGCACCCAUAUUCAUUCUAGUAUUUCUUUUUUGGCAGUGGUUUUCGACCAAAACGCAAGGUCGAUUUGUUGCAGAGCCGAUACUUGCCUGGGAUUUGCUAUCAAACAGAGUAUUUCUCGGGGUGCUCAUUAAUGCCUUCUUUUCUGGAGCCAUAAUUACUACCUCUAUAGUGGAGAUCCCGCAACGAUUUGUUAUAGUCAACAGUCUUUCCACAAUAGAGGGGGGUGUGAGACUUAUUCCAUUCGCUGCUGUGAUGGCUUUCACGUCCACGAUUAUGUCGCUCGUCCUGACUAAAUUGAAUGUUCCAGUCUUGUAUUGGCUCCUUAUUGGGGGACUGCUGCAAGUUGGAGGGGUAGCCGGAUUUUCCCAGGCAUCCACUGAGAGCGCCAUCAAAGCUUCUCAAUAUGGGUUUCAAAUAUUGGCAGGUGUUGGCGUCGGUAUCUUCAACGUUGCGUUGUUACUACUCACUCCUCACGUUGUGGAGAGAAAAUUCUUGGCUGUCGCAAAUGGAGCCAUAAAUCAAUUUCGACUUCUUGGAGGCUCCGUCGGGCUUUCCCUCGUUGUCAGUGUUUCCAACUCACGUCUUAGGAAUGAUCUCGCCUCGGUCUUGACGCCUUUCCAAGUUACUAUGCUUAUAAGUCGCACGGAAACAAUUUCAGAAUUACCAGCGGCCACACAGACUGUUGUCCGGAAGAUUUUUGGUGAGAGUUAUAACCUUCAGAUGCUGAUCUUGAUCGGGAUUGCGGCUGCCAACAUCCCAGCAACCUUGUUGCAGUGGCAAAAGAUCCCGAUAGUGUUCAAGAGAUGA